CAGGAUUGAAAAUACAUCCGUAGCCGGCGAGACCGGACGCAUCUGCUGUCAUUCGGUUGCCGGCGUUUUGUUGUGUGGUGGUGUCCGAUAAUUACAGUACGUAGGAUAAGGGACCCAUUUUAUCAGCAUGAAAUCCCUAAUAUUGGGUGCUUUCGUGUGGUGCCUGUUUUUGGGCCUGUCCUAUGCGCAAGAAGAAAAUGCCGAUUCCGGAGCAGCGAAAGUCGCAAGCGACCUCGGCAGCAGUAGAGACGGAUCCAGGACGGAUGAUGAGGUAGCGCAAAGGGAAGAGGAGGCGAUCAAGUUGGACGGACUCAACGUUGCUCAGAUGAAAGAGCUCAGAGAAAAGGCCGAGAAGCAUGCUUUCCAGGCCGAAGUCAGCCGAAUGAUGAAGCUGAUCAUUAACUCGUUGUACAGGAACAAGGAGAUUUUCCUUAGGGAGCUUAUCUCUAAUGCAUCUGAUGCUCUGGACAAGAUUCGUCUGCUUUCACUGACAGACCGAGACGUGCUAAAUGCUAAUGCAGACUUGACAAUUCGUGUGAAGAGUGACAAAGAAAAUGGGUUGUUACACAUCACGGAUACCGGUAUUGGUAUGACUAAGGAAGACCUCGUCAAUAAUCUGGGCACAAUCGCAAAGUCUGGAACUGCAGAAUUCCUGCAGAAAGUGGCAGAAGGGGAUUCUGCUCCGAAGGACCUAAACGACCUCAUUGGCCAGUUUGGUGUUGGCUUUUACUCUGCUUUCCUCGUCGCGGACCGUGUUGUAGUUACCAGCAAGCACAACGACGACAAGCAGCACGUGUGGGAGUCAGACGCAGCACAGUUCAGCGUCGCGGAAGAUCCACGAGGGGACACCCUGGGUCGCGGAACGCAGGUCACUCUUCAGCUGAAGGAAGAGGCACGAGAUUUCCUGGAGCUUGACACCCUCAAGAAGCUUAUUGAGAAAUAUUCUCAGUUCAUCAACUUCAACAUCUACCUGUGGACAUCAAAGACUGAAACUGUAGAGGAACCCAUCGAUGAAGAGAAGACUGAGGAUGAGAAAGCUACACAAGAUAAGACUGAGGAAGAGGAAGAUGCACAGGUUGAGGAAGAGAAGGAAGACAAGCCCAAGACCAAGAAGGUUGAAAAGACUACUUGGGAUUGGGAGCUAAUCAACAGUGCUAAGCCACUGUGGACAAGGAAGCCCGCUGAUAUUAAGGAAGAGGAAUACGAAGAGUUUUAUAAGGCAAUUACGAAGGACACCAACCCACCACUGACAAAGACCCACUUUGUUGCGGAAGGUGAACUGACCUUCAAGUCUCUGCUCUACGUGCCCUCUGUGCAGCCCUCGGAAUCCUUCAACCGCUAUGGUGGUAAAGUCGACCAUAUCAGGCUGUACGUGCGCAGAGUCUUCAUCACUGAAGACUUCCAGGACAUGAUGCCAAGCUAUCUCAACUUCAUCCGCGGUGUGGUUGAUUCGGACGACCUGCCGCUGAACGUGAGCCGAGAGAUGCUCCAGCAGCACAAGCUCCUGAAGGUUAUCAAGAAGAAACUGGUUCGUAAGGCUCUGGACAUGCUGAAGAAGCUUCCUGCAGAUGAGUACAAGCGCUUCUGGAAGGAGUACUCCACAAACAUAAAGCUGGGCAUCAUUGAAGACACCAGCAACCGCACCCGCCUGGCGAAGCUGGUCCGCUUCCACUCCUCCGCCGUCAAGGGGCUGGUGUCCCUCUCGGACUACGUGUCGCGCAUGAAGGACAAGCAGGAGCACAUCUACUACAUUGCCGGCUCCUCGCUCGACGAGGUGAAGAGGUCACCGUUCGUGGAACGUCUGCUCAAAAAGGGCUACGAGAUCCUCUACCUAACGGAACCCGUAGACGAAUACUCCAUCUCAUCCCUGACUGAGUUUGAGGGCAAGAAGUUCCAGAACGUAGCCAAGGAGGGCUUGAAGCUCGAGGAGAGCCAGCAGGCGAAGGAUGCCAAGGACAGGCUGAAUGAAAUGUUCGAACCACUGACGAAGUGGCUUGAAGAGGAUGCCUUCAAGGGCAGGAUCCUCAAGGCCAUGGUGUCUGAGCGUCUGUCAACCUCUCCAUGUGCCCUGGUUGCCAACCAGUUUGGUUGGACCGGCAAUAUGGAGCGACUUGCCCGCAGCAACACUCAUGCCAAAUCUCACGACACAAUGAGAGACUACUACUUAAGCCAGAAAAAGAACAUGGAACUCAAUCCAAGGCAUCCGAUUAUCAAGGAACUGCUUAAGAGAGUAGAGGACGACACGAACGAUCCAGUGGCACGUGAAAUUGCAGAGGUGAUCUACGAGACGGCUACCCUCCGUUCUGGUUUCAUGCUGGAAGACACCUUGGCCUUUGCAAACAGGGUUGACAGGUUGCUACGAAAGACCAUGGGAGUCUCUGAGGAUGCUGCUAUUGAGGAGGAACCAGAGGAGACCCUUGGAGAGCCACUGGAGGAAGUCAAGAAGGAUGAAGGUGGUGAGGAGGAUGACGAGGAAGAGAAAGAACAUGACGAGCUGUGAGAAAGAACAAGUCUAGGAGGUUUAUCAUCUGUCAUCUUCAUCUUGUAUAUUUAUACUGCUUGUUUGGAAGGGAGCAUUUUUUUUCUACUUGCAUGUAAUAAAAACUGUUGUGUUUAUCAA